UACGUUGAUAUCAUAUGCCGAACGGUCUGCGCAGCUUCGCAUGUAGUCGGACACACCUCUCGUUUCUCCGCCCUCAAACUCAAGAUAAGCCUUCAGCUGAUACUUUGUCAGUCGCACCAGACUGAAGCGAAACUCCACAUCACUAAUGGAGAUUACACCGAGGACCUGACGAGUUUUUUUUUGUUACUGUAAUAUUGUCCGAAGAUGGCCAGGAACAACAGUUGCUACUAUGACAAGCCCAUGGGCUUCUUCUACAACAAUAGCAACAUAACCAGCUCAGACGACUGGGACAGGACGCAACUCAUCCUGGUUCAGGUUGCUGGAUCUAUAUGCUGUUGCUUCAUCUUAGUGGCUAAUGCCAUGGUCAUCGCAUCGGUGGUCACAAACCGGCGGUUUCACUACCCGUUCUACUAUCUCCUCUCCAACCUCGCCGCCUCGGAUUUUCUGGCUGGCAUCGCUUACGUGUAUCUCAUGUUCAACACGGGAACAAAAUCUCGUGAGCUGUCGGUGCAGGCCUACUUUUUUCGGCAGGGUCUCCUGGACACGAGCCUGUCGGCGUCCCUGUCUAACCUUCUGGUGAUCGCCCUUGAGCGCUACAUCUCUGUGAUGAACUGCAAGGUUCACAGUAACCUCACCAAGCGUAGGGUGACCCUCCUGAUCGCCUUGGUCUGGGCUAUCUCUAUAUUCAUGGGUGCGGUGCCUAGUUUGGGCUGGAACUGUAUCUGUAGUCUGGACCUGUGCUCCAAGCUGGCUCCCAUCUUUAGCCGGAGCUACCUGAUCUUCUGGUCUAUGUCCAACUUGGUGCUUUUUCUCAUCAUGGUGGGCAUAUACAUAAGGAUAUACAUUUAUGUGAUGAGGAAAACGGCUGUUAUGAAGGCGCAUACCUCUGGAUCUAUAAAUCGCAGGAGGACGCCGAUCAAACUGAUCAAAACUGUGAUGACCGUACUAGGAGCGUUUGUGAUCUGCUGGACCCCCGGGCUCGUGGUUCUUCUCCUGGACGGACUGAACUGCGAAAAAUGUAACAUCCUGUUGUUCAAGCGUUCCCUCCUCCUCCUCGCCGUUCUCAACUCUGUCAUGAACCCGAUCAUCUACUCUUACAAAGACGAGGAAAUGUGGACCACCAUCAAGAACCUGAUGCGCUGCAAUUGCACAGGAACGAGGCGUCAGAGGUCGUCCAGAGCCAACAUCCAACGCGACUCGGUGCGAGAGACGAGCAGCAGCCUCAAGGAGACCCCGACAGACGACGGCCAAGUGUCCACACUGGAGAUGCUAAAGUCUUGAAGGCCGAUGGAGUUUACUUGUUUUGAUUGCUAUGAAAUUGUCUUGCAGUAUAUUCUCAGAGAUGACUGAUAUUUAAAUAUCAUGGUACAAAAAUUUGGGAGAUUUUCGAAACGUAUGAAGAAUGAGUAGUGUGGGAUCAGGACGUUACAAAUGCCAGAUUCAGAUUGCCCACAUAAACAGCAACGCACAACAUGUCAAAACAUGCGUGCGACCCACCAGGUUAGUUUCGACGGAAACUGACUUAUAAGGUUGUGUUUUACCUCAGUAAUUCGACUAUCGACAAUACAUCAAAUUGCUAAAAGAUUGUGAUUUUUCUUUUAAGAAUGCUGAACUGCAUUUAUUAGUUUGCAGUACAGACAAGUAAUCUGUGAACCUGUUGAUUACUUCUUAAGUAUACUGUACUUAGAAAUCAUGUAUGUACUAUAUAUGUAGAUCAUACGUUAUGUGGAUAUCACUGUAAAGAUUUUUGUAACAUAUUGUUAAUAAUAUACAUUUGAGAGAGAUUUGUUAACUAUAGAAUUAACUCCUCAAAAUGUACAUGCAUUUCUUUUUUGUAAGAAUAAUGAUUUUAAGAUAGAUGAUGUGUUGAUUUUGUGGUCGUACUUUCUAUUAUGUGAUUAGUUAUGCCCUGUUCAUGUAGCUCUUGUGUUGGUCCCUUGCUGUUACGGGACACUUACCUUUUGAAAAGGUCCUAAUAUGCACCAUUUAGGUAGAGACGUGUAUACAUUUGGUACCAGUAUGUAUCUUUAAGGUAUUAAUAUGCACUCUUUGGUACCAAUAUGUACUUUUUAGCUACUAAUAUGAAUUCUUGAGUCUUUAGGUACAAAGUGUACCGCCCAUGUGACAGCUAGGGACUUUUUUUGGGUUUGACAACGUGCCCAACCAUUUACUCCAAAAACUCAGAAUUAAAUAUGUCUGCAUUUCAUUGCAUAC